CUGAACAUCUACUACGAGAAGCUGUUCAUCUUCUUGUGGUUUUGGCUACUAUUCGUUGCCAUCGUCUCCACAUCGAAUACGAUCUAUUGGGUUGGUAGCCUUUGUGUGAGCACAAAGGUAAGCAUUUUCAGCUUUUUCACCUUCCAUUUAACCCUAAAGAAUCACUGCUUCCUUUGGAAGAAUAGUAUCCAGUGGGAACGGGCUCGUCGUAUCGUGGCUAUGUAUCUGGCCACUGACCCCAAUUCACAGUCUAGUCGACUAUCCACAGAGAAGUUCUUCAAAUUACUUGGGCCGGAUGGAUUGUUCGUUCUUCAACAAAUGGCCCUCAAUUUGGGUGACAUCCCGGCCAGCUACCUGUCGAUAGCGAUGAGAAACGUUGGUGAGCGUUGGAUGGAAGAAGAUCAGGACCACAAUCUGAUCGUCGACGAAAAAUUGUCUUUGAAGAACUACAAGGCUGUCUAG